GUGGGGCUUGGCGUCCCUCACAUUGACGAUGUUCUACUGCAACGCGCAAAUGAGCCUCAUCUGUUGGAAAUUGUAAGGGUUGGCGUGGCCCAAGGGCAGAAUGGCAAAUCUACAUGUUUGCAUACAACGACCUCGUGGGAGUGGAGAACCACUAGGCCGAGUUGA